GCAUUGCACUUUGAGAGGGUUGACGUUCCAAAAAAAAUAUCGGAAUUGUCAAAUACAGUCGUGCUAGCAAGUCGCAGCAGCAGUUGGCAAGUCAACCAAUGCCAGCACCGAAUUCCUCCUCUCCCCUUUAUAAACCAAGCUCAGCGUCUCCUCCGUUCAACCAGAUUCAAUCCGGCGAUCUCAGAGCUCUCCUGCUUCCAUCUAUCUGAAGAAGUUCAGGCGAGAGUAGCAGAGCAGCUAGGGAGAGGAGAAGCAGCAGCGGUAGCUAGGGAUGGACUCCGCCGAGAGGUCCAGGAAGAGGGCGCAGCGAUGGAGCAAGCGCAAGGCCGUCGUCGUCCACCUCGCCGUCUGCUUCGUCGUCGGCGCCUUGGCGCCACUGGCCGCCACCCGCGGCCCGGGCAUCCGUGAUGGCGGUGUUCAGCGAGUGGCUCCGCCGUCGCCCCCUGCUGCCCCUGACAUUGGCCUCCUGCUGAUCGUCACCGUGACAAGGCCGGACGAGGACGGCAUGUUGCAGGAAGCGUCGCUGACGAGGCUCGGGCACACGCUGCGGCUCGUCCCGCCGCCGUUGCUAUGGAUCGUGGUUGGUGCCGAGAACAGGUCGGCGUCGACGGUCCAGGUGCUGCGGGGCACCGGCGUCAUGUUCCGGCAUCUCACCUACGCCGUCGACGAGAACAACGCCACCAACAUCACCACCGCCGUGAACAAUGCCACCAACAACAGCACCGUGGAAGCCAGCGCCACCACCGCCGUGAACAACUUCACCAACAACAGCACCAUGGAAGCCAGCGCCACCAUCGCCGUGAACAACGCCACCAACAACAACACCGUGGAAGCCAGCGCCGCCGCCACCACCAUCGCCGAGAAGAAAACGGUACCAACAACACCAUUGUCGAGAACAACACCACAAACAACAACACCGUGGAAGCCAGCGCCACCAACACCACCGACACCGCCGAGAAGAACGGCACCAACAACAGCAUUGUCAAGAAUAACGCCACCAACAACAACACCGUGGAAGCCAGCGCCACCAACACCACCACCGCCGCCGAGAAGAACGGCACCAACAACACCAUCGUCGAGAACAACACCACUGGGAAUGCCGGUGACGAAGGAGACCUGAAGAGGAACGUGGCGCUGAGCCACAUCGAGCGGCACCGGCUGGCCGGGGUCGUCCACUUCGCCGCCACCUCUGCCAUAUAUGACCUCCGGUUCUUUGAAGAGCUCAGGCAGACUCGGGGCGUUGCAGCAUGGCCAACGGCAACUGUGUCAUCAGCAGACCAGAGAGUAACACUACAAGGACCAACCUGUAACUCAUCACAGAUAACAGGCUGGUACUCCGAGGACUCAGGAAUCAAUGCAACAGCGACACAUACAACAGAUGCGGCUGCUGCACAAGAUACAGGCGCAAUCCGCAACAGCUCCUGUUUACCUCCUGAAAUAAGCAUAUCUGGACUUGGG